ACCCCAUAAUAAUGGUGAUUUGAUUUCACUUCGCUGCUACUAAAAAUCCAGAUUCGAGAUUGUCUCUGCAAAAAUCUUCGGCUCAAUUAUGAUGAAGGAAAGGAAAACGAAACGAAGAUGCGUAAAAAGAUCUGGUGGUGCAGUUUUCUCAAGUGCAAGAGAGGAUUUGAUAAGCACAUUACCCGACGCUUUGAUAUCUCAGAUACUCUUGUAUCUCCCGACAAAGGAGGCUGUUAGGACUAGUGUUUUGUCCAGUAGGUGGAAAAGUGUCUGGCUUUUGAUUCCCAAAUUGGAUUUGGACUCUAAACAGUUCCCAGAUCACAAUGCCUUUAUGGGUUUUAUGGAAAAGUUCAUAGAUAUCUCUAGGGAACACAAGUCAUGCUUGCACAAGCUCAAGCUAAGGGUUCAUCAAAAUGGGAGUGAUCAGUCUUGUGUCACGCCCUGGAUAGACUUUGUGGCAAGGCGUAAACUUAAGCAUCUUGAUGUUGAGUGUCUUUCUGUGAAGCGUGAUCAGUAUCUUGAAGUGAUACCCUUAAGUCUUUAUAUAUGUGAUACACUUGUUUACCUAAGAAUUCAUGGCGUAUCCUUUGGUUUGUUUGAGUCUAUUUCAUUACCUCGUCUCAAAACUAUGUGCUUGGAACAAAAUGCAUAUGCCAGUGAGAAGGUUCUGGAGUCGCUUAUCUCAUCUUGCCCUGUUCUUGAAGAUUUGACCAUUGUUAGAAGGACACAUGAUAAUGUGAAAGUUUUACGGGUUCACUCUCAGACACUAACUUGUCUCAGUGUAGGCUUUGAUAGUGGUGAGAGUGAUGAGGCAAUGCAUAGCUAUUCCAAAGGAGAAACAAGGCUUUGGAUUGAUGCCCCUAGGCUCAAGUAUCUGUAUCUCGAAAAUGAAGUAUCGAAGAGUAAAGUCAUAAGCAAUACGGGUUCCUUAGUUAAGGUCAGUUUUGUUGACUCAUGUUCGUAUCCUUCUGAUGAGUUCGCCGUAUCAAAGCAACAAAUUGUUCGUGACUUCUUCACUGCUAUAUCGAGAGUUAAGGAUGUGACCUUCUCUAAAAGUAUAAUGAAGUUAAUCUGGGCCUACUUGCAAGUACAACCAUUGCCCUGGUUUUGCAACAUGUCCUGUUUGGAAGCAGAGUUUUCUCGCUCCGAUGUGAAUAUCCUGUCAACCUUUCUUGAAAGAUGUCCAAAUCUAACAUCCAUCGUCUUGGAUUUAACUCAUUGUACUACGUAUCAGGAUUCCAUAAGUUUCUCGCGCUUGCCUCAGUGUUUGUUGUCAUCCCUCGAGAUUGUAGAGAUAAAAAGCAGAUUCACGGGGAGGAGUGUUGAAAUUAAAGUGGCAAGGUACUUUGUAGAGAACUCGUUAGUUCUCAAGAAACUUGUUGUGCACUUGAGCGAUUCCAUGCAAAAACGAAGUUUGGUUCACUUAAGGGAUCUCCUUGCAUUGCCUAGGCCAUCUAACUGUCAAAUCGUAUAUGUAGUUGACAGUUAGAAAGACUUUUUAGUUUUAGGUGUGUCUAUCU